GGCGGCGGCGGCGGCGGCCACUGAGGGGCGCCCGGACAGCUGGGGCUCGGUUCGCUCCGAGCGGCUGAACCGCCUGGGCACCGCUCGUCCUCCGCCGCUGCGGACGGCCGCAUGAGUCGAGGGACCAUGCCCCAGCCCGGAGCGUGGUCGGGCGCGAGCUGCGGCGAGACGCCGGCGCGGGAGGCCGGGGCCGCGGCGCGGGAGGGCGGGAAGGCGGCGGCCGGCGGGCAGCCCCGGCCCGCGAUGCGGUGCCCGGCCGAGCCCGAGGAGGACAUGUACCGUGCUGCAGAUGAAAUAGAAAAGGAGAAAGAAUUGCUUAUACAUGAAAGAGGGCCAUCAGAACCCAGAUUAAGUGUGGCUCCUGAAAUGGAUAUCAUGGACUACUGCAAAAAAGAAUGGAGGGGAAAUACACAGAAAGCAACCUGUAUGAAAAAGGGCUACGAGGAGGUUUCUCAGAAAUUCACCUCCAUAAGGCGAGUCCGUGGUGAUAAUUAUUGUGCACUGAGGGCCACGCUGUUCCAGGCAAUGAGCCAGCUGGCUUCGCUUCCCCUCUGGCUGCAGGACCCGGAGCUCAUGCUGUUACCAGAAAAACUGAUAAGCAAAUACAGCUGGAUCAAGCAGUGGAAACUUGGGCUGAAAUUUGAUGGGAAGAGCCAGGACCUGGUCGAAAAAAUUAAGGAAUCUCUCACCUUGCUAAGGAAGAAGUGGGCAAGCCUGGCUGAAAUGAGAACUGCUGAAGUAAGGCAGAUGGCUUGUGAUGAACUGUUUACAAAUGAAGAAGAAGAAUACUGCCUCUACGAAGCUGUAAAAUUUCUCAUGCUACACAGAGCCAUUGAACUAUAUGAUGAUAAAGAGAAGGGAAAGGAAGUACCAUUUUUCUCUGUGCUCCUGUUUGCUCGGGACACAUCAAAUGACCCUGGACAGCUGCUGAGGAACCACUUAAACCAGGUGGGACACACUGGUGGCCUUGAACAGGUUGAAAUGUUCCUUCUUGCCUAUGCUGUGCGCCACACCAUCCAGGUGUACCGGCUGUCCAAAUACAACACUGAGGAGUUCAUCACAGUCUAUCCCACUGACCCACCCAAGGACUGGCCAGUGGUGACCCUCAUUGCUGAGGAUGAUCGGCACUAUAAUAUCCCUGUCAGAGUAUGUGAGGAGACAAGUCUGUGAGAGAGACACCUGCCUGGACAACCUGGGGACAUGGCAAAAGUGCACAGAGAGCUCCUCAGCUUGGGCCCCUAAGAGCCAAGUUGGACUGGGGUGUUCUGAAGACUAACUUUUCAUAAUAUGAAGAACUGUUUUCCCUUAUCUGGGACCCAGUGUGUUUCAUUGGGGCCUUCAGAGCAGACCUGUUGGAAGGUGCAGACUGCAUCUCCAUAAGGCAAAAUACUUUUGUAUUGGAAGAAACUCAUUUUGAAGAAUAUGUUUAUGUCUCAAAUCAAAAUUCUCUCUACUGGCUGGGGAGAUAGCUCCGUUGGUAGAGUGCUUGCCUUGCAAGCACAAGGCCCUGGGUUCGAUCCCCAGCACC